AUGUACCUGCAGUACAUGGGUGUCUCCAACGCAAUGUGCGGUCUUAUCCUCGCUCUGCGCACAGUCGGAGAAGGCCUUGGCAACGCACUGGGUGGUUACCUCGGGGACAUUGCGCACAUGAGGCGACCCACCGAUGGCAGGAUUUUCAUUGCGAUGUUUUCGGUGCUGGUGAACAUACCGUUUCUUUAUGCCAUCUUCAUGGGCGUUUCCAAGAGCCAGGACUUGUCAGCGUUCUUUGCUGGUCUGCUUUUCACCAGUGGCGUCUUCACAUCCUGGGAGGUUGCGGGGUGCCUGUGCCCCGUGGUGAUUGACAUCGUGCCCCGACGCCAGCUAUCAUCGGCCUUCGCUUGGAACGUGGCCAUCGUGUUCACCAGUGGCAACAUGAUCGGGCCCAUGCUGGUGGGGGUGACAGCGCAGAAGAUUUUCCACUACAAGCUCACGACAGAAAGCAUUGAAGACAUGAGUGUCGACAUGCGCGAGCGCAACGCAGAGGCGUUGGGGAAGUCGCUCUGCUUCAGUUCGAUUGUGCCAUGCAUCAUCUCGGCCCUGAUCUUCACCAUGCUCUUCUGCACCUAUGCCUCAGACAAGCGGAACCUCCAAGACCAUGAGGCAGGCUCAGACUUAGAAUGA